CGGUAAUCCCAGAAAAAUGCGGAAGGGGGUGGGAGGUGACAUCACAGGGAGUGCCCGCCUUCUGGGGAAUUAGCAGAGGCAGAACGGCCCGACUGUCAGACCCGGCAAACCCCGGCUGGAGGAACCGUUUCGGGCCUCCAGGCGCGCCCCGGGUCCGGAGGUGGCUUUCGCGCAUCCCUGCCCGGGGGAAGCUCCUUGGUGUUUGGUGGGUGUCGGUGGCAGAUACCAAGGCCAGCCACGCUUGGUACUAAGACACUACAAAGCCCCGCAGGCUGGGGAGGCCCGGAGCUCCGCCAGCCCGCAGGUGGCAGCGCCAGGCUCCGCCCCUCCCUCCCUAAAAGACCGCCUAGCCGCCAGGCCAGGCUGCGUCUCCGCCUCCGCCGGCGGGGACCAAACCCCUUCGGCCGUCGCGCAGCCGCCCACGGGGCCCGGAGCCGCGAUGUUCCCCCGGGAGUCGAAGUGGAACAUCUCGUUCGCAGGCUGCGGGUUCCUCGGCGUCUACCACAUCGGCGUGGCCUCCUGUCUCCGCGAGCACACGCCCUUCCUGGUGGCCAACGCCACGCACAUCUAUGGCGCCUCAGCCGGCGCCCUCACGGCCACGGCGCUCGUCACCGGGGCCUGCCUGGGUGAGGCAGGUGCCAACAUCAUUGAGGUGUCCAAGGAGGCCCGGAAGCGGUUCCUAGGCCCCCUGCACCCUUCCUUCAACAUGGUGAAGACCAUCCGGAGCUGCCUGCAGAAGACACUGCCUGAUGACUGCUAUGAGCGUGCCAGUGGGCGGCUGGGCAUCUCCCUGACCCGGGUGUCGGAUGGUGAGAAUGUCAUCAUCUCCCACUUCAACUCCAAGGACGAGCUCAUCCAGGCCAAUGUCUGCAGCACCUUCAUCCCUGUAUACUGUGGGCUUAUCCCUCCCUCCCUCCAAGGGGUGCGCUAUGUGGACGGAGGCAUUUCAGACAACGUGCCUCUGUAUGAGCUCAAGAACACCAUCACUGUGUCCCCGUUCUCUGGAGAGAGUGACAUCUGUCCCCAGGACAGCUCCACCAACAUCCAUGAACUUCGGGUCACCAACACCAGCAUCCAGUUCAACUUGCGAAACCUCUACCGCCUCUCCAAGGCCCUCUUCCCGCCAGAGCCCACGGUACUUAGGGAGAUGUGCAAGCAGGGCUACAGAGACAGCCUGCGCUUCCUGAGGCGGAAUGGCCUCCUGAACCGGCCCAACCCCCUCCUGGUGCUGCCCCCGAUCGAAGGCCCCAAGGAGGAAGACACAGAAGAGGCCAGCGGGGGUGUGGGGAGGAGUGGUGCUGAGGAGCUGCAGCUUCCUCCCAUUGAGGACCACAUCCUGGAGCACCUGCCUACGAGGCUCAACGAGGGUUCCAAUCUCCUGCCUGCAGCCCUGCUGGAGGCCUGUGUGGAGCCCAGGGACUUGAUGACCACAUUGUCCAAUAUGCUGCCAGUGCGGCUGGCCACAGCCAUGAUGGUGCCUUACACCCUGCCACUGGAGAGUGCUGUGUCCUUCACCAUCCGCCUGCUGGAGUGGCUGCCUGAUGUGCCUGAGGACAUCCAGUGGAUGAAGGAACAGACAGGCAGCAUCUGCCAGUACUUGGUGAUGCGUGCCAAGAGGAAACUGGGCCGUCACCUACCCUCCAGGCUGUCUGAGCCUGAAGAGCUGCGCCGCACUCGGUCACUCCCCUCCGUGCCGCUGUCCUGUGCCAGCUACCGGGAGGCUCUGCCCAGCUGGGUGCGCAGCAACCUUUUGUUGGGUGACGCACUGGCCAAGUGGGAGGAGUGCCAACGCCAGCUGCUGCUGGGUCUUUUCUGCACCAACGUGGCCUUCCCACCAGAUGCCCUGCGCAUGCGAACACCCGUAGAUCACCCCACACCUGUGGACCCCAUGGCCAUGGACCCCACCCCUGCCCAGCACCCUCCAGGUCUGCCCCCACGCUGAGUGCCCUGUGCCUGCCAGGCUGGGCCCCACAGCCUCCUGUGCAGGAACUGCUGGCUGGAUCCCACCCCAGCCUCCCUGGUGACCCAGUGUGGAGUGAGGACUGAGACCUUUCAUGCUACAUAGAGGGCGCUCUAGUGUGUACCCCAACCCCUUGCUUGCUGCCCCUGCCUGAGUAGGGAGCUCCAGUCAUUCGUACCUUAGACCCCUCCCCUGCCAGCCCCUCCCUGCACAGACUCCUCUUGAGAACCUUGCACCUGCACUGCCCUUCUGUGUUUCUUGUUUUGCUGAAUAAUAUGUGUGAAGAAUUAUUUAUUUUUGCCAAAGUGUAUGUAAUAAAAUGCCACAGCUCAA